CUUAGUGAUAACAUGUGCGAAGUGGCCAUGGAGGAGGAGCAGGAGCGGGAGAUCUCCGACCUAGACCCGCAGGAGUGCCCCUCGGUGGCGGAGAACGGGGUCAUGCUGGUGGUCAAUCACAGCCGGGUCCGGGCGCCCCUCAGCGUCGUCCUGGCCACCGUGCUCUACUGCGCCGAGUUCGUCACCGCCGCCUUGCUCUGCAGCAUGUACCACAAAACCGAGGAUGUCAUCUGGAUGGGUUUCACCAUCGCCUUCAUGCUGGUGCCCGCCGUGCUCAUCCAGCUAACGUUGACGUUCAUCCACAGGGACCUGGGUAGGGACCGGCCCCUGGUCCUCUUCCUGCACCUGCUGCUGCUCGGCCCCGUCAUCAGGUGUUUUGAGGCUCUCGUGGUCUACUUCAAGGCGGGCAAAAAGGAGGAGCCGUACGUCACCAUCUCCAGGAAGAUCAGCCUGAAGAAGGGGCAGGGGACGCCCAUGGAGUGGGAGAUCGGCCAGCAGGAGCGCAAGCUGGCCAUGCACAGGAACGCCUUCAAACGCACGGCGGUCAUUCAGGCGUUUCUGGGUUCCACGCCUCAACUGACGUUGCAGCUGUACGCCACCAUACAGGAGAAAUAUGUCCUCCCUGCAAGAUUGGCUCUGAUGAUCAUCACCCUGAUCUCCAUCAUAUACGGAGCUCUCGUGUGCAGCGUCCUGGCCAUCCAGAUCCGAUACGACGACUACAAGGUACGGUUGCGUCCCGCAGCCUACCUGUGCAUGAUCGUGUGGAGAGGAUUGGAGAUCGCCACCCGGAUCACGGCCCUGGUCCUCUUCAGCACGGCGCUCACGCACUGGGUCAUUCUCGUCGGUAUGGCCAACCUGCUCUUCUUCUUCUUCCUCCCUUGGGUCGAGUUCUGGGCCAAGAAGGGCUCACUGACCGAGAACGUGGAGAAGAACUUCUCCAAGCUGGGCACCACGGUGGUGCUGUGCAUGUUCACGCUGCUCUACGCCUGCAUCAACAUCUUCUGCUGGUCAGCGGUGCAGCUGGACCUCUCCCACCGGGAGCUCAUCGAGAGGAAGCAGCGCUGGGGCCGCCUGGCCCUCUACUACUGCGGGCGCUUCGUGGAGAACUUCCUUCUCAUCACGCUCUGGUACUUCUUCAAGUCGGACUUCUACGAGUACGUGUGCGCGCCGCUGCUGUGCGUCCAGCUGCUGAUCUGCUACAGCCUGGCCGUGCUCUUCAUGCUGCUCUUCUACCAGUUCUGCCAUCCCUGCAGACGCCUCUUCAAGUACAACGUCCACGACUGUCUGCACUGCGUCUGCUGCCGUAAAGGGAGCAGGGGAGGGAGGGGGAGCAGAGGGAAGCUGCCACCCUCGUACUCCACCGCUGCCACCAUGGUGCUGGCACCAGAUGAACCUCUCGAGCUCUUGGACUCCCAAAACUCUCAACCUCCCGACCUCAACAGCCACCUGGGAGAGCGGGAGACUGCUAUUGUUGAGGACAUUAUGGAAGCAGCCUGAGGAAUUAUUACAUUAACAAAACUCAAGUUCUUUAAUGUAGAAAUGCAUCCUGGGAAUAGUGAGGCGCGAUGCUGGCGCUGCAGGGUGCCCUCCUGAUGCAGCCUCAAGUAGUUUAACACAAAAACCACAGUGUUUUUGUGUUUGUGAGUGAGCGAGGUGACGUGUUACAGAACAAACUUUUUUGCCUUUUUCUCUUAAGUGCACAAAACUUUACGCCUUCAUGGUCCUGAGAGGGAUUCAGGUGAACUCCUGUUGUCUUAAUCGAUGAUGAUGACAACGAUGAUGAUGAUGACACACACUUAGGGCCCCUGUGGUGCACCAAAGAAUGUAGCACAUUGAGAUAUGAAGCGGUCCACAAAGGCUGCCUUGAGACAGCAGCAGCGGGUCAGGUAAAGGACUGAGCCAGGUGUGUGGGAAAUGUGCCAAGUGUGUCUGAAGUGCCCGAUUUAAACAAAAAAAAAAAAAAAAAACAGUGGUGUGGCAACCCCGGUUUGCUUCCUCUCGCGCCAUGAAAGCCCCCCUCUUGCACACAACUGCACCUGCACUACACACACAAAAAAAUAGAUAAUAUUGACAUGAAACAGCAGAAGGGGAAGAAAAGGUCCGAAGAAUUUAUCUUCCUCAUGCCAACUGUGGUUGCUUUGAUUUACAAAAAAGGAAGAAAAGAGAGUAGGAAAAAAAACAGGUUUUAGUUUUUUAAAAAGUGAAAAGUGAGUGAAAAUAUUCUGUUGAAAACCCCAUUAGGGAAUAUCAGGUGUUUGUCCUUUAAAAAAUGUAACUCCAUUAACAAUACUGACACUAAUUGAGCUUUUACUUUAUUGAAGUGCUUUCACAUUUUUGCCUAUUUUCUGUGUUUUGUCUCGUCUGUUCGUUCAGUGCCUUGACUACUACUGUAUUACUUGAAACUUAAAUAAACUAUUCUGAUGUCUGAACAUUCA